UGUUCGACUUCGACGCUAACGAGUCCGACUGCUACCAGAGCUGUUCCAGCGAAAUCACCACCCCGUGUGAUGAGGACAUAAACUCAGCGAGCACGCGCUCCAAGUUCUAUCAGAUGCUGGUCGACGCCACGCUAGCUGAGAUAGAGAUGUCCACCAGCUUGGAGGAGGAGGAGGAUUCGGGUAGUCAUCACUACGAGUCGAUACGCAACAACGGCGAUCCCAUUUACGAGGAAAUCAACGACGUCCCACCGCCUUUGCCACUCAGCGCACCGCCCAUUAACGACGCCGACAUGGAGAAGAAGGCAGCACGUUCCAUAUUCGAAGGCGCUUCCAAAUAUGAUAUACUUUCAUACCUUGUCGACGCCAAAGAGCGCGGCGUAGUGCGCGAGGAAGCUUUCGAUUACCCGGUCAACUGCUCGAAUCCCAUCAUCAUAGAGGAGGAAGCUGGUGACACGCUCAGCGAGCUGGGAAAACGUCAAGCGUUGCGCGAUUUUAGCAGUUCGCGCGCCUCAGUACUCAGCGAUUCUAGUGAGGAUGCACAAAGCGUUAUGAGCUCACUCUCGCCGCCAACCAGCAAUUUCAUUUGCGGCAAUGGCGGACAGACCGGCCUGAUGCAGCGCAACAAAGGCACUGCCAGCGACAUUGAACGCAACGACUCGGGCGUCGGCUCGGAAACUAGCAAAAGUUCGCGCAGCAAAUACCAAAAUCCACUUCCCACAGUGAAUGCACAACUUUUGCUAGACAAUCCCAUUCAUCUGUGUGAGGACUGUGAUGGUCCGGUGGAGACGCAAGUCACCGAUUCGGGUAUCAGAUUUGCGCCACUCGUGUGUCGCAAGUGUGGCAAGAAACGUGUGGAGCGCAAGGAGAUCAUAACGGAAAUUGUUGAAACGGAGGAGAAAUAUGGACGCGAUCUGCAAAUAAUUUUGGAAGAAUUCUGUCACCCAAUGCUAGUGGCCGGUCUACUCACACAGGAGCAGCUCUCUGCAAUCUUCUUGAAUACCGAAGAAUUGCUCGAGAACAAUCAAACACUGGCGGAGCGCAUGCGCGACGCACUCGACAUUGCUCUCGAGCAAGGCGACGACGAUCUGCUGACGGUGAACAUCGGUAAGAUAUUCCUGGACUUCACGCAGAUGCUGCACGCCUUCGAGAGCUACUGUGUGCGCCAGGCGGGCGCCAGUUUGCUGCUGGCCAAUCUCGAGAAGGAGAAAGAGUUGUUGCGCAUCUUCUUGAAGGUAUCGCAAAUGGAGAAUGCCGUUUUGAGGCGCAUGAAUCUCAAUUCUUUUCUAAUGGUACCCGUACAACGUGUCACCAAAUAUCCACUCCUACUCGCUCGUCUCUACAAGGUCACACCAGCUCAUCUGGAAGGACGUGACCAACUCAAACAGGCCCAAGAGAAAAUCGAAUUGCAUCUCAACCAUAUCAACCAGGAAGCAAAGGAUGUACCAACCAAACUCUGGCGUCGCAUAUCGUCAUCGAGUCCGAAUCGACGUGCUUCUUGCGAAAUCGAUAUGAUCAAUAUAAAACUACGUAAAAUGGCCAUCGACAUACUUGAAUGGAAUCACGAUGAAGUACGUUUUGCCAUGGAGGGGAAACUGUUGUACACACAACCGACGGAUAGCAAUUGGAAGAAGGCACGCACCAUCAAACUAACACCGGUCAAUGCAUUGCUCGUUACAAAUGGCAAGCCAAGCGCCAAUUAUAAGGCAGAAAAAGUUAUGUCAGAUAAACUGAAUUUCCCAAAACACACCGGCAUACGGGAGGCCUCACUGCUGGUGAUGAAGGAGAAGUGCGGACGCUAUACGCUGAUACGUGAGCCAUUGUAUUUGGACAGAUGCGUUGUGUGCAGUGAAGCGGACUGGGAUGAUUAUUUCGAGGUGCAGGAAAUCUCAUCGAAGGACACUUUCAUAUUCAAAGCCGAGGAUGGUGUUCGUACCAAGCAAUGGUACACCCAACUGCAAUAUCACGCUCAGGGUAUGGGCGCUUGGCGUAAACGACGCAAUGCUCUUGCCAAUAUUAUGAUCAAUGGAAUGCUGACACGUACCUAAAUCGAAGGAAGUAGUAUAAUGGAAGAGAAAUAUAUUGAAACGCAAUUCAAGUUAACUGCCUUAGCGCUAAGUGUCUUAAGCUUAGAGCGAACGAUGUGAAGCGGUGAAGUUUUCAACGAAAUAAGCGAAAUAAAUAAAUAGUAAUUAAGAAA